ACAAUUCAUCAGAUUGAUUGAUUGUAAGAUCACAAUUUACAGCUAAUUUUUUAAGCCAUUAGUCAUAACAUUAUUAAUAAAUAUUAUUUGUUUUAUAAUAUAUGUUUAAACCUAUUUUAAGAAAAAAGUGUUAAAUCUUAAAAUGAAUUUCUUUAAAAAGGCGCCUACUGUUAAGGAGCAACAAAGGCAAAAUGAUCGUGAGCUACGUAAAGCAGGCAGAGAUUUGGAGCGAGAUAAAUUAGCCUUAGAAAGAGAAGAAAAAAAAUUGGAAAUGGAGAUUAAAAAAAUGGCAAAAGAAGGAGACAAUGAGGGAUGUAAAAUACUUGCUAAACAAUUAGUUCAACUCAGGAAACAGAAGACAAGAAUAUAUACAGCAAACAGUAAGAUAGCUAGUGUACAAAUUCAUAACAAGGCAAUGGGCGCUAAUGUUGCAAUAGCUGGAGCAAUGGGUACCACAGCUAAAACCAUGGGCAGUAUCAAUAAGAUCCUAAAUCCACACCAAGUUGCGAAAGACAUGGAAGCAUUUAAAUAUGCUAGUGCUAAAAUGGAUAUGACAGAUGACAUGAUUUCUGACACAUUGGACGAUAUUAUGACUGAAUCUGGAGAUGAAGAAGAAACUGAGGGCAUUGUGAACCAAGUGCUUGAUGAAAUAGGCAUCGAAAUUACUGGAAAGGUUGCAAAUGCACCUUCUGUAUCCCGUAAUAAGGUUGGCGAAUCUACAUCAGACAUCGACAAGGAACUGAUGGCUCAGUUAACAAAACUAAAGUCAUAGAUCUUAUUCAUUUAAAUAUAAGUACCUCAAAUAAAAAACAAAAGUUACACUGUCCAAAAGACUUGAAGCAACAAUACACUGCGACAACUCUAAGAAAUAUGUUUUGGCAGUUAAGGCCAGCCUUAAUCACCAGUGUUUUGUUUAAUAUUACCAAUAUAACUUAUUAAAAUAUAAAAAUAAUUAUUUUUAUAAGUAUUUAUUUGAAUUGUCAUAUUUUUGAAACAAUGUAAGACAAGAAAUUUUGGAAUUCAAAUGAGUGUUUUAAAAUAAAUAUUACAAGGAAACGAAAAUAGAUUCACCAUACUUUAGGCUAUAUAAGCCUACUUAAAAAAAAAUUUUUUUGUACAAAUGCCCUAAAAUAUUAAUAUAAAUCAUGGUAAUUGUAGUGUUGGAGAUGUUACUUUUGUUUUGAAUGUAAGUUAUAUAUAAAAAAAAAAAUAUAUAUUUUAAUAUUGAUAAUGUAUUUAAGAUUUGAUGUUAUCAGACACAGUGUGUCUAAUAAAUAUGAAGAAUGAUAAAUUACAAUGAAUUCUCAUGAAUUAAAUGUAUAUUUUAUAAAUUAUAAUCAAAAUAUUGUCAGAAAAUAACUUGAACUCAAUUUUUCAGUACCUCUGCGUAAAUAAAUGAUAUAGUGUUAAUAUGUUUAUACUAAACAUAAAAGCAUUCGUAAUGCUUUUAUUUAAGUCAAUCAAUUUAUGCACAUUAUUAUUAAAC